AUGUCGACCUGUAAAUGGUCAUCUGCUCGAGCAUGGAAACCUGAAGGCCCGUUCUUUCCGCCAAACAUACAAUACAUCGGCAAAGACGUUCCGAGCACCGCGUCUUGUUUCUCCCCCGUUUUCGACCAUGGUAACAAGGAAAGAGAGUGCAACUUCCCAGACCCUGUGCUACGGGACCGCGAGCAUUUAUUCAGGAAGGAUCGUCCCAUGCAAAAAAAGACACUUAAGCAGCAAAAAGUAGCGUCGGAACCGUCAUGGCUCCAAACGAAAUUGCGCAAAGGCGGACUGCUUGAGAUCCAUCCGUCUGCUACAAAGAUCCGGACACCGCAACGUACCAAAUUUCUUCCCUUCUUAAAAGCCGACAUUCCUUGCGUUUUAGCGCUGUACCCGCCUCGAGGCAGGGAUUACGCUCAAAUUGCGACUUUGAAGCAAGCGAGGUUUCUCCGAGUCAUCGAAUUACUCUGA